UCUUCCGUUUCACCGGGAAAAAGGAGCAGCAAAACGUCGCACGACGACCCGCAUUGUUUACCCAGAACCUGACCGGAACCGGAGCCUGUUCGGUGACCCGGAGGAGUGGAGAACCGGCCUCAGAAGCGACAGGAGCCCGUUUUUCUGCCCGGAUACUCCACCUGGAUAGCGGCAGCGGCUCGAUGUGAUUCCUGGAGGAAAGUAAAUCAGCAGCUGCGGCCCCUCCCGGACACCGUAGGAGGGUAGGACUGCAGACGAUGUCAGCGACUCAGACCCAGAAAGAGGGCGGUGAGGCAGGAUGGGUGAGUCUGGAGUCUCUGGGUCUCAGUCAGAAGGAGCUGGUUCUGGCUGAGGCUCUGCAGAUGGAGUAUGAUGCACUCUCCAGACUCAAACAAGACAAGAACGGGACCACAACCAACCAGACUGAACUUCGACCUCCAAGUCAGAUCCGCUCCAAGCCUCCAAAUCCAUCCUUGAAUCAUCCUCGACCCAACCCCAGCCUGCACAUCCCAGACCUCACAGGAGAGAACCUGCUUACCGGACUUUCUGGGUCAGACUCCUCCUUAAACCAGCCCGGGGGUUCCCAGGGUCCCCUUCCCCUCCCACCUAGGCCCACCCCUCCUCUGGUGGGUUUUAAAGAGUCCCCCUACAUCCUUGACAGUCUGGAGUUCUUGAAGUUCAGAGAUAUUUCCGGUUCCAGCCCUGGGGACUCUUCUGGACUUGGUUCAGGGUUUCUCUCCAAAGGCCUUGUGACACUCACAGAUGAUCUUCCCCCUGCCAUUCCACCCAGACAGCCUAUCCCCCCACCCCCAAGGUCAGAGAACUCCUUCCUGGUCCCCGGACCGUCCACCGAGCCCAGAGAUGUGAACCUGUUCACCCCUGAUGUGGACCAGCACAAAUUGACCUCGGCAGAACUGAACUACGACACCAUCAACGACUCACUGGCCUCAGCUCAACUCAACGAGUUCAGACCGCCACCACGAGUUCAACACACCAACGAGGACCAAUCAGGAAAGCCCGUGACUCGCAGUAAGACUCUCCCCCCUCAGCUGCCUCCCAGGACCUACACAUCUGUCGUGAAGAGCAACAAGAACCAACGGAGGGUUUCUGCUGACCCGGUGUCACUGGGCUCCAGGACAAGCGGGUUUGGAUUCGAGCUGUUCCGGGUGUCAGAGGAAAGAGACGAGGAAGUGGCCGCUUUUUGUCAUAUGUUGGAUGUGCUGCGCUCGGCGUACCCGCACAGCGACGGCUCCAAGAACGCCGGCUUCGUGUGGGCGCCAUCGGUCGGCCAUGAUGAGCUGCAUCAGGCUCUGGGAGUGGGCGUGAAGGUGACGGUGGUCAGCGAGGACUUCAGGGAACCUCUGACCUUCACCUGCGAUGGUUCUUCCACAGUGGAUCUGCUCAUCUACCAGACUCUGUGCUACGCUCAGGACGACUUGGACCACAUGGACCUGAACAAGUACCUCCUGAAGGUCUGCGGACUAGAGGAGUUCCUCAACAACUCUCAGACUCUGGCCGGUUUGGAAUUUGUCCAACAAUGUCUGAAGUUCGACUUAGACAUUCGACUGUUUCUGACCAGGAGAUCUGCCAUUGAUACCAAACUGGCCCGCAUGAAAGAAGACGACGACACGCCGUCCUCCAUGAACCACUGCAUCCUGCUGCAGGAGCGUCCAAUCAAACAGACCAUCACCAGAGAGGCGCUUACUCUGCUGCUCGAUACGUUUCAUAACGAAGCAGAGUCCUUCCUGCUGUCACAGGUGGAGCUUCCGCUGCGUGUUGAGCGUCUGGUUCAAUCGGUGAAGGCGCUCUGCAGUUCAUUGGCUGCCGUGGAAACGCCCGAUGUGACGUCAGCAUUAAACCAACUCCCAGCAUGCCCUUGUCGUCUGCAGCCCAAAGUCCUGAAGGAUGCUUCAGUGCUGGCAGUCAGAGAGAACAGAGAGUCAGUGGUGGAAAAGCUGACAGCAGCCAUCUUGGACCUGGUAGAGCUAUACUGCAGCACGUUUAACGCCAAUUUCCACACAACGCCUCAGAGUCGGAGCUUCACGGCUCCAGUGCAAGAGGCCGGCCUCGUCACCAAUGUGCUGUCCUUCAACGUAUACGCCGCUCACCGCGUCCCCAUCACCUGGGCAGCCAGUUACGAGGGUUUCUUCAUGUCCUGCUCUCUGACUCACGGAGGGGUGGAGCUCUGCGCACCUCAGCAUACCAGCAAACAGGCGGUCAGCAAAUACCUGUUCCACCUGGUGGUCUGGGACCAGAGGGUUUGUUUUCCCGUACAGAUCAACCAACUGCCCAGAGAGUCUCAGCUGUUGGUGACACUGUAUGCUAGCCCUUUGCCGCCCCCUGGAGGAGGAGAGGAGAAGGGCAAGCAGCGGCGCAGCAUUGAGGCCUUGGGCUGGGUCACCAUGCCACUUUUUAACUUCAGACACGCCCUGACAUGUGGCAGGAAAUUAUUGGGUUUGUGGCCUUCGACCCCAGGAGAGAAUGGGAAUGCCCGCACAAGUUCUUCUAACUUCAGCCAACCAGACAGUGUCAUCCUGCAGGUGGACUUUCCUACAUCAUCCUUUGAGGUGUGCUUCAGCACCCCCCGUCCUGCAGACUUCUGUCCUCAGUACGACUUCAGCCGAUUGGACUCCACUAGUCAGGUCCAACUCCAGGACGUCCUCCACAAGAAGGCUGUCUUCUGGCUGACGUCGGAGGACAAACGUUUGUUGUGGGAGAAGAAGGCCUUUUGUCAGUCGGAAAGCGGGGCACUGCCUUUGGUCCUCGCCAGCGCCCCCUGCUGGCAGUGGGCUUGUCUACCUGAAAUCUACGCUCUGCUCCGUCAGUGGGCGUGUCUGGGUCACCUGGACGCUCUGGGACUGCUGCACGCCUCAUUCCCAGAUCAGGAGUUGAGGAGGACAGCGGUCCAGUGGAUGGACUCUAUUUCUGACCCAGAGCUGCUGGACUUCCUGCCUCAGCUGGUGCAGGCACUGAAGUAUGAGUGUUACCUGGACAGUUCUCUGGUCCGGUUCCUCCUUCGGAGAGCCAUCGGGGACAUUCGGAUUGCACACUACCUCUUCUGGCUGCUGAAGGAUAACCUGCAGGACAGUCAGUUCAGCGCUCGGUACCAGCACCUCCUGGCUGCUCUGCUUUGCUGUGUAGGUCGAGCUCUGAGAGAGGAGUUUGACCGUCAGUGCUGGCUUGUCUCCAUCCUUACAAAGGUGGCUCAGAGAGUUCGGGAUGCCACGCCAUCCAGCAGGCAGUGUAUCCUCAGAGACAGUCUGGAGGACUUAAAACAAUUCUUCACAAUGAACAGCAGCUGCAGACUUCCUCUCAACCCAGCGCUGCUCGUCACAGGAAUCAACAUUCAGUCAUGUUCCUUCUUCAACUCCAACGCCGUCCCUCUCAGGCUGUCCUUUCAGAACCUGGACCCUCUGGGAGACCACAUCAAUGUCAUCUUCAAGUCAGGAGACGACCUGCGACAGGACAUGCUGACCCUGCAGAUGAUCCGCAUCAUGAACAAGAUCUGGAUACAGGAGGGUAUGGACAUGAGGAUGGUCAUCUUCAAAUGCUUCUCCACGGGCAGAGGACGAGGUAUGGUAGAGAUGAUUCCUCAUGCCGACACUCUGAGGAAGAUCCAGGUGGAACACGGAGUCACAGGAUCAUUCAAAGACCGAACUUUGGGCGACUGGCUGCAGAAACACAACCCUACAGAUGAGCAGUAUGACAAGGCAGUGGAGAACUUCAUCUACUCGUGUGCCGGCUGCUGCGUGGCCACCUACAUCCUGGGAAUUUGUGACCGCCACAACGACAACAUCAUGCUGAAAACCAGCGGUCACAUGUUCCACAUCGACUUCGGGAAGUUUCUGGGACAUGCGCAGAUGUUCGGGAACAUCAAGCGGGACCGCGCCCCCUUUGUCUUCACCUCUGAUAUGGCAUAUGUCAUCAACGGAGGAGACAAACCGUCCAGCCGAUUCCACGACUUUGUAGAUCUGUGCUGCGAGGCGUACAACAUGAUCCGCAAGCACACACACCUGUUCCUCAACCUGCUGGGCCUGAUGUUGUCCUGUGGAAUUCCUGAACUUUCUGAUCUGGAUGAUCUGAAAUACGUCUACGAUGCUCUGAGACCUCAUGAGUCCGAGGCCGACGCCACCAUGUACUUCACCAGGUUGAUUGAGUCCAGUCUGGGCAGUGUCGCCACCAAACUGAACUUCUUCAUCCACAAUCUGGCUCAAAUGAAGUUCACCUCAUCAGAGGAUCGGCCCACGCUGUCGUUUGCUCCCAGAGUCCACACUGCAAGGAGUGAUGGCAUUAUCAAGAACCUGUACAUCUGCAAAUACAUCCGCACCGCCACCACUGGCAAGGGCUAUACGUUUGUGGUGAAAGUAGAGCGCGAGGGACAGCAGGAGGUCCAGCUUGUUCAGAGAACAUUUGAGGAGUUUCAGGAACUACACAGCAAACUGCGGCUUGUUUUCCCCUCAUCCAAACUGCCCAGUUUCUCCAAUCGUUUCAUGAUUGGUCGUUCCCGUGGAGAAGCGACGGCUGACAGGAGGAAGGAUGAGCUGAACGGCUACGUGUGGCACCUGAUCCACGCCGCGCCGGAGGUGACUCAGUCUGACCUGGUCUACACCUUCUUCCACCCGCUGCCCCGUGACGAGAGAGCAGGAGCAGCCAGCAGCAGACCUGCAGAGGUAUCGUGGCCUCCAGCUUCAGGAAAGGAACUUGGUGAAGUCAAACUGUCCAUCUCCUUCAAGAAUGACAAACUCUUCAUUAUGGUGAUGCACAUCCGAGGCCUGCAGCCCCUGCAGGACGGUACUGAUCCGGACCCCUAUGUGAAGCUCUACCUGCUGCCGGACCCAAUGAAGAUGAGCAAGAGGAAGACGAAGGCGGCGCGGCGCACUUGUAACCCCACCUACAACGAGAUGCUGGUGUACGAUCGGAUUCCCCAUGGGGACCUGGACCAGCGCCUGAUCCACCUUCGGGUUCUGAGCGAUGGCGCCUUCUGGGAGAACACGCUGCUGGGGGAGACCUUCAUCCCCUUGAACAGGCUGGUUCCAGGUCAGCACUGGGUGGACUGGCACCAGCUGGGCGGGGCCAGGCCAGACUCCACCCACUGACAGACAAGAACUAAAGGGAAGUCCUUCAUAAUAAAAGACUGAUCUUCCAUCAAUAAGUGGGUCAGGAGGCGGAGCUUAAUGUGAAUCACCAGGUGAGACUGUUCACCAGGUGUUUUUAGUUUACAGAUUAAUUCAGAUUUACAGAUU